CAGCUCCCCUCUUUUGUUUUUGAAUUUUCUUGGGACUGUGUGCUCCACUGCCCUCUCUGAUUCCUGAUUCCUGUACAAGAAAGAUCCCGGAGACAGUUAUAAUCCAACGGCUAAAUUAAAAACCAACCAACAAAGUUCAUCAAAAAUAGGUGAUGGUGAUGGUUUAGUCCCUUUCACCAGAGUCCCUCUUAUUUACUCCUUCUCGCAUCCAUCUCAAUACACACUUUUCUUGAUCUCGACAAUUAACGUCAUAUCUCCCUAACUUUUCGUGCUAUCCUUUCUAAGCUUUGGCCACUAUGGAUGAUCAUCUUUUGUCUGAAUUUUUCGAAGAACACGAUCACUGCUACGGUGGCGGCGAUGCUAGCGGCUUGGCUCCCGGUGAUGAUCUUUUUAGCAUAUUGGAGAGCUUAGAUGCAGGAGCACUCAUGGAUAGUUUUCCUCCGCCAACACCGUGCAAUGAAUUCGUGUUUAGCUCAUCAAAAGAAGGAGGGAUAGAAGUGUCACCGGAGCUCGAAACUUCACCAAAAUCAUCCAAGAGAGUGAAGCUUUCAAAAGAGGCUUCCCCCGGCGGGACAGGUUCUAAUUCUGACGAUGGACAGCAAAGGAUGUCGCAUAUAACGGUGGAGCGCAACCGGAGGAAGCAAAUGAACGAGCACUUGACAGUCUUACGCUCUCUCAUGCCUUGUUUCUAUGUCAAAAGAGGGGAUCAAGCAUCAAUUAUUGGAGGGGUGGUUGACUACAUCAAUGAAUUGCAGCAAGUUCUUCAAUCACUAGAGGCCAAGAAGCAACGAAAGGCAUACAGUGAAGUGUUAAGCCCUAGGCUACCAGUUUCAAGUAGUCCCAGAUUACCUUCAUCACCACUAGUACUUAGCCCUAGAAAACCCCCAAUAAGUCCUUUAGCUAGUCCCAGAAUCAGCUGCAGCAGCUUGCCUAUUAGUCCAAGAACCCCACAGCCAACCAGCCCUUACAAGCCUCCCAGGACGACGUCGUUACAACAGUUGCAACAACCAGUAUACCUCUCUAGUCCAACCAUAACUGCAGCUAGCUCAUCACUUGAACCAUCUCCUUCAAAUUCGUCUACUACUAAUUUUCCCUCCGUUAAUCAUGUUAUUGACAAUCUCAAUGAGCUUUUUGCCAAUUCUAAGUCCGCCAUUGCCCAUGUGGAAGUGAAGUUUUCAGGUGCAAAUGUUCUUUUAAACACGGUGUCUCCUCGGAUACCAGGACAAGCUCUCAAAAUCAUUUCGGCUCUCGAAGAUCUUUCCCUCGAGAUUCUCCACGUCGAAAUAAAGACGGAAGACAAAAAGUUGCUUAAUUCCUUCACCAUCAAGAUUGGAAUUGAAUGCCAACUUAGUGCUGAGGAACUCGCUCACCAAAUUCAGCAAACAUUCCGCUAAGUACAUUAGGGUUGAGGAUAUAUAACCCUAACAACUACGUACUUCAAUCUCAAUCUCUGAAGUACUGGUGCUGCUAAUAAAAGAGAAUGUGGGAAUUAGGCAUAUGCUUUAGUUUCUCACCAUAUUCUUAUUAGUUUACGUACAAUUGUAAUUGUAGAUCGUCAUAAGUCAUAAUUAGUUUAGCUAGCUAGGGUAACCAAUGUAAUUUAGCAUUCCUAAUAUCUAGUUUGAUGUAUGCAUGCAUAUAUAUGCAUUUCAAAUUUCAAUUCACAACAUCUCCUCGGAUCUGACCGGCCAUUAAUUUUUGUAACAAUGGAGUGUAACAAUUUCUCUUUCAGAAAUUAAUUUGAAUAAGAGACAAGA